AUGAACACAUCCGAUGUCAAUAACCCAACUACAGAGCCGCGUUGGUCUGAGCUCUUUGCCACGAUCGAAGCCAAAUUCGAAGCCUCGAAUAUCGCCAGUGAAAAGUGGUAUCUGACAACGUUAAGUGCAAUUACGACGACGCCAGAAUUACACCUUUGCGGCCAGCUAUACCUGUACCUGAUAAGCCAACAUGCAUAUUCGACCACCACUGCACGCUCAGAGCUGAUUCGACGUAUGCGCGAGACGUUAUUUAAGGACAUUGCUCUUGUGGGACUCCCAAAACCCGCAGAGGCACUGCUCAGCCUCAGCAAAUUCAUGUCCGAGGAAGAUGCGGAAUGUUCCUUCACCCGAGAAGGCUGGCAAUGCGACGAGGCAAAUCAUGCGCGGGGGAUGGAUUGGUUAAAAUCAAUAUAUGCGGAUAAUACUGCCGCGCUGUUUGGGUUAUUCAAAGAUCAUCCAGACUUUGGCUUUUGGGUUGCUGAUAUCACCUAUGGGUUACUGUUGUCGGACCGCCAGGUUUUGGAUGACGUGGAUACAGAGAUGGUAGUCUUACCCGCUGUCAUGGGUCAAGACAUGCCACGGAUGACCUACUGGCAUAUCCGAGGAACAAGGCGGUUGGGGAUCUCCAAGGAAGAUGUGCAAAUGGUCAUGGAAUGUGUGCAUCUAGUAGUCGAAGCUUGCGGUGUGACAUUGAAGCAAGUACCCUGUGUGGAUGACGUCGAUAAAGAUUUGUAG